AUGCUGUGUGGAGGAACUACCGAGACUAAAGAGGCUACUGAAGAAAUUCAAUCUUUGGUUGAGAAGGUUCAUGUUGACUUGGAAGCAAAAGAUGGAAAUAGUUUUCCACAUUUCAAGGCCGUCGCAUACAAGAGUCAGAUAGUUAAUGGUACCAACUACUUUGUAAAGAUCCAGGUCGACGAUGAUAAGUUUAUGCAUGCCCGUAUCCAUCAGGCACUUCCACAUGCUGGCAGCACAGUUUCGUUCCACAGCUACCAACCUAGCAAAUCCAGGGAGGAUGCUAUUGAAUAUUUCUAA